UCUCGGCGCGUGCGCAGUAGCCAAGACUUCCAGGUUUCGGUUCCAAAUCAUCCACAGUUGAAUCCACCAACCACCCAGGCGGCCACCACAUGAAGUGCUUUUUUGUAUUUGUUGCAGCCACGCUGCUCAUGAGCGUCCAGGCGCAAGUCCAGGAUCAGGCAGAGGAUCAGGAGCAGGUGGCAUCAGUGGCAGCACCGUCGUCGGCGGCGGUAUCGGAUCAGGUUAGCGCCGCCAGCAGCUAUGCACCGCUGCAGGAGAAGAAGCAAGAGAAGCGCUAUGUCGGUGGAUACGGUGGUUAUGGAGGAGGUGCAUACGGAAGUGGUUAUGGAGGUGGUUAUGGAGGUGGUUAUGGAGCUGGUUAUGGUAGUGGUUACGGUAGCCACUAUGGCAACUAUGGAGCAUAUGGUUCGUCGCUGGGCGCUGGCGGUUAUGGCAGCGAUAGCUACUACAACCCCUAUGGCUCACGUGGCUAUGGAGGAUUAGAUGGCGGGGCUGGUUAUGGAGGAUAUGGUUAUGGCUCAACGUUAGGAGGUUAUGGCUCCACUUUAGGAGGCUAUGGCUCUUCCCUGGGCGGCUAUGGCUCUUCCCUGGGCGGCUAUGGUUCCAGCCUGGGCGGCUAUGGCUCAUCCUUGGGCGGCUAUGGUUCCUCCUUGGGUGGAGGUGGAUAUUAUGGCGCUGGAGGCUACGGCUCCAAUCCCUAUGCAUUAUCCUAUUACAAUUCUCGACUUGGCGCUGGCACCGGUUAUCCUUAUUACAACACACGCUUCGGCGCUGGCGGAUAUCCUUCCAGCUAUUACACCAGCAACUAUGGCAACAGCGUUGUGGGCGGUGGAUUGGGAGCGUUGGGUGGCGUUCCUGCGCUGGGGUCUGGCGGUGCAGCUGGCUAUAAUUACGGAGCCGGCGUGUCGGGCACCAUCUACUAGGAACAGCAUCAGAUCGAACCACACUUAAGCAUAGUGCAAUUUACAUUUUUUUUCC